AUGAACAGCUUCAUCGAAACCAAUACCACCAUCACCACAAAUCGUUUCCUGGAACAAGUUUAUAAAUCUCUGACGCAUGAAGUGACCUUCCCGAGCUUAAAUACACAUGGAAUGUUGACAAAUAUCAUGCCGACGCAGCAACAACAUAUCGAUCAAAUCGUGGAGUUCGAAAUGAAACGCAUUCAGGAGAAUUGCCAGGGCAAGCAGGAGCAAUAUGUUGAACAAAUGUUGGCGGAAAAUCCAAUUGCAAUUGGAAGACGGACCAACACCACCAAUACUACGACAAAUAGUAGCAGUAUAUUGAGCGGGGAAUGUGACACCUUAUUAUCCACGGAACAAAAACGGCAACAACAUGGCCAGCGUUCAGAGGCAUGUCGACGUUCUCGUUACAAUAAUAAAAUCAAAAAGGCCAAGUCCAAAUACCGCCACAAAUACAUGUCACAAAAACUGCUACAAAGUACACAACUGUUGACUUGUAUAAAGGAUUUGAUUGCUCAAACGGAAGGACAUUUACUUGCCCAAGGAUUAGGCAAUGAUAAACUUCAUAAAUUGCGUUACAGCUAUGGCAUGGAUUCAACAAGGAGAGAGGUCCGUGGUAUUGAAAUGGAUACUUCAGUGAAAACAAAGGAUUAA